GUUUACAGUGUUUCCCCUACCAUUAUAUUAGAGGGGCGCUCCGCCCCCCCUUGAAGGUCGAGUUAAUUUUGUUUAAUUUUGUUUUCUACAUAGCGCCAGAUCACAACAGAAGUCAUUUACGCUUACCUUUCCUAUAGAACAGGUCUAUACCUUGUUAUUUUAUUAAACAAACUAAACAGCCUUAUGUUAUUUAUCUUAUUUACACGACGGCAUGUCAUUUCUGUCUCUACAUGGUCGGGCGUUUACAAUUCUCCUCUGAUCUCUGUAUUUGGCGCACGGCGGAGUUCCGCCCCGAUACGCACACACACAGGUGAGCACACUCCCACCAGCGGACAGAGAGAGAGAGCGUCAGAAAAUAUGUUGCGUCAACUACCUGAAAAGCAGACAGCUAUAUCUGUGUUUUUUAAACGCUCCCAGGGUGGUGAAAAUGGCAACACUCGCUCUCCUGCGAGUAGCAGCCGGAGUAGCUCUCCUGCUCCGGGUUCAAGUACAAAAACGAGCCCAAGUGCUGCACGCCAAAUGUAAGCUUCUUUUGUAAAUGUUGACCAUAUUUUUAGUUUUGUCUUAUGUGAUCGCUAUAUUGACAAUAAAUUGGAUUUUUCUUGCAUAAAAUGAUAUAAAGAAUUCAUAUACUUCAUUUAAUUGUCGAGCGUCUUUUAAUGUUAACCUUUCCAACAUUUUUUUAGAUUGGCAAAAGCAUCAACUAUAGGUCACAUCGAAUCAUAGAUGAAAUGCUGGAAAUUCUGGCCGCUGUUAUCGUGAAGCCAAUAUUGAGGGAUAUUUCUCAGUCACAAGCCAUAGGGUUGGAGAUUGAUGAGACCACAGAUGUCUCUGUGUGCAGACAGCUAGACAUUCAUGUGAGAACCGCUCUGCUUCUCUGAAAGCCGCUGCAGAGGUUCUCAGUGUGUCUGAGCUGAAAGUGAAUCAAGUAAAGGACACACGAUGGCUCUCCCAACAUGAAGCAGUAAAAAACCUCCUAAGAAACAUAACUGCUGUACUGGGUGCCUUAGCAGAGCAAGUAGAGACCCGCAAAUGUCCUACUGCUAAGGGACUGUAUUCAUUCCUUGCCACCUAUCGCUUCAUUGUCUCCCUUCACCUGCAAGCUGAUGUGCUCCCUCACCUGGCACGCCUCUCUAAGCUCUUCCAAAAGGAGGAUGUCAUGUUCCUGGCAAUCAAAGAGCAAGUCCCUGUCACCCUGGCCUUAAUAAAGAGCAUAAAAGGUUCUGGUGGUCAAAAUGUGGAUGACCCUUCAGGACUGGGGGCAUUCUGCAUCUCUGCUGAACAGGAGAGGGGGAGAAGAGGGGAUGAUGCAGGAGACAGACAGCAGUACUGGCAAAGAUUUCAAUCACAGGUGAUGGAUCCAUAUUUGGAUGGCCUCAUUGCCCACCUCGAGAGACGUUUCUGUGAGGUUGGAGUCGUGGCUGCAUUUGGGAUACUCGGUCCACAAGCAGCUACACUCCCUGACGACACUGCACACACAAAACUGAGGAUACUGGUAGAGAAGUUUUGGUCCCAUGUCGAUUUUGGCACAGUCCUCGAAGAAUGGACCUCUUUCAAGGAGCAAGUGGUCUCUGGUCCACUCAAGAACAAGACACAGUUGGCCAUACUGUCUGAAAUGUCCUCAAAAUAUGAGGAGUUUGGUGUCCUGUACCCAACUAUGAGCCUGCUGGCUUCCAUUGCCCUGAUGGUCCCGGUCAGCAGUGUAAACUGUGAGAGGGACUUCUCAACCGUGAACAGGGUCAAGACAAACAUCCGCAAUAGACUGCAAGGAGACCAUCUUGCAGCUUGCCUGCGGAUCUCGAUAAAUGGGCCAGCCCUUUGUGACUUCCCAUAUCGAGAGGCUCUGGAAAUGUUCUUCCAGAAGCCCCGAAAGAUACACUGUAGUGACAAAACCUGCACACUUUGUGGUUGUCAUUAA